UGCACAGCAGUAGGUAUGCUGACCCAUUUCUCUUGGCUGUGGAUGUUCACGUGGACGUUCGUCUGCUGCUUCCACAUGUUCAGAGUGUUCACGGCCAAGACCCGCUGCUCAUCCUCCACGUCACGUGGUCACACCGCCGAGCUGAUCAAGAAGUUGUUUUCAUCUUUAGUUUUCCCCGUUCUUGUGGUCACCGCGGUGGUUGUGUCAUCAGUGAUGACGUCGCCUGAUCAAAAUAGUGGCUAUGGUCAGGUCACCUGCUAUUUAAAUUCAACUCUACUCAUUGGUGCGUUGAAUAAGAACUUUUAAAAAAUCGGAAUUUUUGAACUCUUUGACCAGCCUAUUAUAUUAAUCAUCCAUUACAUUCAGUUUUUAAAAAAAACAACAACAACAACCUUUAUUGCGAUGAAAUAUAACCGUUCGUAUGUUAAGUGUAUGCAUUUCCUAUUUUCAUAGACAAUUGUAAUUUAUUGGUUCUAUAGGAAAUCAGGUCCUUGCUUGAACAUAUCACUUUUGGAACUCGUUUAUUUCGCAUCUGAAAUAAUACAUUUAAAUACUGUGUUUUGAGGAAAUUAAAUUAAUUCUAAAUUUACCGAUAUAUUAAAUGCAUUGAAUUUAUAUUAUAAACAGUAUUUUGAAAUAGUCUUGUUUUAUAUAAUAUUUGAGUCAAAUGCUUGACUACUUAACGUCACUCUUUCAGUUGACACUUUGUAAUUAGACAAUUAAAAUAUAUUACAAACUAUUUUUAAGUACAUAUUUUGUAUACGUAAUCCACAAACAGCUAUAAUUUUAAAAUGUCUAUAUCUUUAAGAGUUUUUUUUUCCUAAUGCCGAUAUAUGUAACCAAUCGUAAAAUUUUGCAGCUAUCACGCUAACAGUGGUGCUGCCGUCUUAAAGACAUAUCAAUGACGCUGUUUGAUGUUUUUGUCCCCACUAGGACUUUCUGUCGUCGCACCACUCGCUGUCGUCCUGGUCUGUAACGCCGUAUUGUUCACCAUAGUGGUGGUCCACAUUGAAAAGGUCAGGAAGCUGAACUUUUCGGAUACUUUUAAGAAGGAAGAUCGCCAAAACCUUUGCGUUUACCUCAAGUUGUCGUCCGUGACAGGAGCAUUCUGGGCUAUGGCUAUCAUA